GGUCACAUUCGAUUACUCCGAUCCAACGGUCAUUUCCUCGAGAAACGACAACGAGGCUGACAAACCGAUCGGGGAAGGAGACGGUGUCAGUAGCGGUGACGGCGACCAUGGCAGAGAAGAGUACAACCGGUCGGACAACUAGAAUUUUGCAUCAGCUAAGCAUUCCAAAAACCUUCGCGACGAAAAAGAACAGACGUCCUUUCGUCUCGUUUCGUUCCCUUAUCAAAACACAGAAUGGCGGCCACUCCAAACGGCAACCGCGACCCGAGUCCGAACAAAAACAAAACCAGAAACGGGAGCGGCGAUGGGGGUGCGAAACAGCAAGGCGGGGUAGCUCCCAGUCCGAGAUCAGGGGGAUCAUCUGCGGCCAGUUUAAAUAAUGCCAGCAAGGCAGCGGCCCAGAUGCAAAAGAUGAGAGACGCCAAUUCCAAGUACAAGAACCUUCUGAAGAUGGCUAAGGAACGGAUUGAGCAACAAGAAGUCGAGUUGAAGGAACUUCGGGGUGAGUACCAGAACGAAUUUUCAAUUUUAUUGUUCGUCUCGUUCGCAAAACAACUCUGGCUAGAGCGUUCGGAAAUGUGCUGGAUACGGAUUAUGAAAGUGAUACAAGAUGGGCAUGUACGUGAAAGCAUGAAUAUUUAAGCUACCAUGCAUAUGCUGUACUAUUUUUCAAUUCGGUAUCCCUCAUUCGAGUAUGCACAUUUUUAUAAAUUCUCAACAAUGAUGCUGGUUUGCUCCGGCUACGGCGAAACAGAAGCGGAACGAAAACGGAUGGAAGAAGAAGUUGCAUCGGGAAAUAGCCGUGAAAUUACUGCGAACGCGAAGCCCUUGGAAGACGCGAACGACGACUUGAAUAGUAGUGACUGGAACCUUACCCGAGUCUCACAACUGAUCCGGGUCGAUUUAGAAUCCCACGAACUGAACACGCGAGGGUUGAAUCAUGAAAUAUGGGCUCUUUGCCACUUUGAGCUCGAAGAGACAGACGAGCAAAAAUUUCUGAUCAACAAUAACAAUAGCGAUAGCACAAAUAAAAAGAAACAAUGGAAGCGUUUCGAUGCCGAAUCCGAUCUGACAGAUUUCAUUCGCUGUGAUAGAGGAGAACCCCUCACAUUGCCACCCUAUUCGCUAACGCCACGGCAGUCUUCCAGGACUGUGUCCGAGGCCGACAAGAAGGUUUCUGACAUAACCGAAGAAUAUCGGCGCUUUCGAGUCAAGUCUGAAAUGACCCGGAAACAAAUGGACGCACAGAUUCGAGAUUUGCAGUCCUCUCAAGUAGAAGCCACAACGCGACAAAUCGAGGGACAGGAGCACGCCGAGCAAGGAAUGGAAUCAUCCCGGGGCACGGAACACAGCCAACUGGAACGAAUGCGUGCCGAAGCGGCUAGGCAGGAAGACCAAUGGAGGGAGGCCUACGAUAUUUUGCUGAAAGAAAACGAAGCCCUAAAAAGUUCGGGCUCCGAAGCCCUCCUAGCUUCGCAAUGGCGACAGCGCUACGAAGCUUGUUUAAAGGAACGGGACGAGGCCGUGAACAAACUUCAAUCGGCUCAACAAAGACAUGAGCAACAUAAGCAACAACAACAUUCGGCAUCCUUUUCGUCACCGCCCGGCAUUCGUGACGGAAAGAUCAGCAAGGGCGUUGGCAACGAGGGAAAGUACGAGAUGAAGUAUCGGGACCUGAAGGAAUCCUUUCGGCUGUAUAGAAAGAAAGCGAAAGAGAUAUUCGAAUCACAGGCUGCCGCAGCAGCUACCAAUAAUAGCGCUGGUGGGAAAAAGAAUGCCGCCGACAUGAUGGUCUUACAAAUGUCCCAGCAACAUUCCAAUGCCGAGGAAGAGUCCAAGCUAGAUUAUCUGAAAAACCUGAUGGUCAACUAUCUGACGGCCGACCAGGAGACCCGAGAUCACAUGGAGAUGGCCAUCGGGACCGUUCUGAAGUUUACGCCGACCGACAUCGCCGCGAUAAAGAAGAAAAAGGAGGACGAUGCGAGCUGGGGAGCAUAUAUUGGAUACACAUAAGAUUGAUCACCAAAGCAUAACCAAGCUAUUACCAUACUAUAACUAGUCACUAUUUUGUGCGAUGUGCGACACGUUGAUUUGAUUCGAAGAUAUUCUACCAAACCAAACCAACGAAAUCCGUCAACCAAUUGCUUUCAUCGCUUUUCAAUCGAACUCCAAACUACUUCCUAACAUCGCGUAUGUUAUGUCUACUAGUAGUAAUAUUCAAUGACCUCAACACAAUUUUGCCCGAAUAUCCCAAUUCUCGUUUGAGAAACCUGGGUCCGUCGUUUUGUCUUGCCAUCCACGAAUAUGACAAGAUGCAGUGCGUAUAAGUUCGUUGUCGUCUCGCCACUAGCGGUUGCGGCAAAACUAGAUCCAAUACAGCAAAGCUUUAUUUUGUUCUGGUGGCGCAUCUCCCAAUCUUUUCCAAAACAUUCCCACCGUCGAAACGAUCAGCCCUAAGAAAUCCCAAGGUAGGUCGGAUCGCACGUUUAGCUUAGACCUUCACCAUGGCGUCCGUCUCGACAAAGCUGUGAAGCAUACGCCUAUUGUACUGUGGAAAUGCCUCGUACAAGGCUGCUGCUCGCUUUUCCAUUAGCCGUGAAGUGUACGGUUUAAUACCGAGGUUUUGCAUGUUUUGCCUGUCAUGGUUCAAUUUUAUGAAGGAGCGAUUGAGCAUUUAAUGAUUCAAAGACCGUAUAUUUAGAUGAGUUGCAAUCUUUGUAUCGUUUGCUACUUUGGAACAUUAAAAUGAUUUUCCUCCAUCGACAUCGAUCGAACAUCAAACUUCUUGUAAUUUACUUACCUGGCGACUUGCAAGCAAAGCAACGUGUAACUAGCCGUUCCAAGGACAGGUUCCAUCCAGUUCCAAGUCCAUGCUCCGGUUUCUAAAUGAUUUUCCAAUCGAAUAAACACAAAAAGGAACGCGACGCAUUGCGACAUAUAUUCGGUGAGCGACCAAAAAAAUCUGACGAAAGCAACAACAACAAAAACAGCUGCACACAAUGACGAAGCCAUUUGCAACGAACCAAAAACUUACCGAGCGCUGUCUCGAGGUCACUGGGUUCUGGAAUUUCCAUGGUCACGAAAGCAAGGUUGAACCACUUGGCGACAUCGAUCGAAAAUACCAUCGGGAUGGCUCCAAAGCCUGUUACAACAGCGGUGGCAAUCGCAACUUUGUAAGGCAAGGCGGCCCUGGUCAUUCCGUCUUGGUUUUUCGCUGCGAUUUUUUCAAUAACUUCGCCGGCGGCCUCAUAGUCGAUGUCGUCCGUCGCCAUAAUGUGGCGUCUGAGGACUUCCACCCGGGCCCCGUGGUUUUUCAUUUCGGCAAUCACCACAAGUGCCUCGUUUUCCAUCUCAGAAAAUUUCCAGCCCAUGCUUCUGGCAACUUCGUUGGUGGGGAUCUGGAUCCCAUCCUGGGCGGCACCUAUCGAUGGCUGAUUGCCUUUAAUCGCAACAUCCCCCUUUUGUUUUUGCAUAUAGCGCCGGUACGCGGGCGAAGUCAUGUGCCGCGCAAAACCGGGCUUCUGCUGUUCGUCGGAGGUUGGGGAUGGCAGGGGUGUCUGUACAAAUGCGGCGAGGGCAUUCUGGGCGUCCUUUCGGCUUCGAAAGAGGUUCCUGGUCAGGGUGGAGCGGGCGGUAAUCAUUUUUUCACUUUUUAACUCAGCUGCUGUAGUUCGUUCAACUGUAUUGUAAGCUGCUCAGGAGAGGUGUGUCAAAUUCAGUGUCGU